GCAGCUCCUGAAACAACCUGAGGACCGUUGCGUGUGAGCUGUGCGUGAGCUGAGCGUGUGUGUGUGUGUGUGUGUGUGUGUGUGUGUGUGCGUGCAGGCUCUGCGCUGUUGCGCUCUUGCGCCCCCCGGGACGACGAUGCGAGCGCGCGGAGCGCACGGACUCGGAGAGCGCGUCCCCGCCGCACACACCGCGGUCCGCGGAGCCUCCUGCGAAGGACACUAGACGUCUGGCUCCGAAGAACACGUGUGUUCCACGUCCCAGAGUGGCGCAGAGAUGAAGUCGGCUGGGGCCGCCGACGGCGGGCUCUUCACCGAGAGCUACUGCAACAUCUGCAACGCGCAGCUCAUCUCCGAGUCCCAGCGCAUCGCACACUAUGAGAGCAAGAAACAUGCCAACAAAGUUCGCCUUUUCUACAUGCUGCACCCUGAAGACGGCGGCCCCCCCUCCAAACGGCUGAGGCCAGACAACGCGGACAGCGAUGAGAAUGCAGUGGACCAGAACAAGUGCUGCACCCUCUGCAACAUGUUCUUCACUUCAGCCAUCGUCGCCCAGUCCCACUACCAGGGCAAGACGCACGCCAAGCGGGUCCGCCUGGUCUUGGGCGAGCCCCCCAGCAUGCCUCCUCCCACAGACUGUGCCCCCGGCACUCCGCAGCCCGUGGACCUCGCCCUGGCCCCCGCCCCACCGCCACCGCCGCUCGUGCCCCCCUCGUGGCCUCUGCUGGCCAAUGGCGAAGCGGGGAAGUACUGCUGCCUGUGUGGGGCCUGGUUCAACAACCCGCUGAUGGCGCAGCAGCACUAUGAGGGCAAGAAGCACAAGCGCAAUGCAGCACGGGCAAGGCUACUGGAGCAGCUGGCGGGCAGCCUUGGUGCCACAGAAACCACAGCAGGCCUGCGCAGCAGCUACUCGUGCAGCAUGUGCAACGUGAUCCUGAACUCCAUCGAGCAGUAUCACGCUCACCUCCGUGGCUCCAAGCACCAGAACAACUUAAAGCAGCAUCAGAAAUGAUGACCAAUCUGCUUGGGUACCAAAUAUGACCCCUGCCAAAACAGUGAGGAGUAAUGGGAACACAGAACCUGCAGAAACUUUUCUGGCUCCUUGACAUCAGAGCAGCAAUCGGUACCUUUGGGAUUCAUUUCCAGGAACCAAUGACUUAUUAUGACAUUGUUACUGACAACAACAAAAUGACCAAACUGUCUUCAUAUGUAAAGGAGCUAUAGUAAUCACCUCUGCAACUGCUAAUCUUAAUUGAUGUCACUUUGAUGAAAAUCAUAAGGAUAACAACAAUUGCCACAUAGAAAUACUAAGGUCUAAAACUGAGGGUGGUGAUGUUCAGCAAAGCUGUGAAUUGCAACCUUCUAUCCAAGAGGAUAACAUUGGAGCACUUGAAGCAACAACUGGUUUGUGGCAGUUUGUAGUGCUAUUAUAUUACAUUCUGCCUGAUGGUUGACUGGUACAGGUGGCCUUUGACAAACACCAGAUACGGUGUUGCACAGGGAACCUGAUAGUAGCCUAAAGGGGACAUGGAUUCAGUCCUGUGACCUCAAUCAUGCAGACAUUCUCUUGGGGAAAAACAGUGGCAGCUUGCUGGGCUAAAGAGACUUACCUGGAAGAGUUUGAAAAAAUCAACAGAAAAAGUAGUAUUGAUCUUUUGACUUUAUUAAUUUUAACUGAUGAUGUCAUGAACACUAUAGACUUGAAAUGUAGUUUUGUGCAGGGAUGUGUCAUCUAAGUUAAAAACAUACAUACAGCAUAUAUAUAAAUGCUAGAAAAAUUCAGUUGUGUUUGUUACUACUCAACGCUCAAAUUUUUUUCAAGCUUGAGAGUGAUGCACUGCAUUAAAUUCAGCUGUAUAACUAUUUCUCCUGCAAGUUUUUCUGUGUUCUGAAACCUUAAUGAGCACAAUGAAAGACCCAGUCGCUUUCAGAGUUUUUGAGAAACGACAGUGUUCGGCAGCUCUCCGAAAGUGGAUGAUUGGUCAAUUACCAGUGUGCACCGGUUACGUCUUCUUGCAACUCUGAAUAGCGAUCGAUCCCGUUUAUUCUUUUAUGUGUGUCUGUGUUAAAGGCAAGAGGAGUGAAUUCAAAACAAAUGCAUUUCGUGGUGCC